GUUUACAAAAGACAUGUACACAUACAUAUAGGAGCUUAUAGUAAUGUGGGAAUAAUAUUUAUAUUUAGUUAUCAGUUUGAGGAACCACUUGGAACUAUGCUAAGCCACAGAAUGCAAACCCCACGGCAACUAUGGGGGUGUUUGUUGUUAGUCACCAUGGCAACAACUUAUGCAGCAUCCAGUAAAGAGCAAGCUGAAAAGAUCAAAACACUUCAAAAUGAAAUCAAAACAAUGCAGACAGAAAAUCAAAGACUUCGAGGCAUGCAAACAGUUGUAAGCCAACUCCAGGAACAAAUUAAACUGAUGCAGCUAGAGGGCACAAAUGUUGGUGCCGAGUCCAAUGAACUUCUUGAAAAAGACAACGAGAUUGCCCAACUCGUUAGCCAACUUCAGGCGGUGUCUCAAGAAAAUGAUAAACACAAAUCUCAACUAGAGAAACUCACAAAGGAGCUAAGAACAAAGAGUGCUACGGGUGAUACCAUUGAGCAAAGUUCCACAUCAACUACUUCAACAUGUACCAAAGAGAAAUCAACAAUCAAAAACCUACAACAGGAGAACUCUGAUUUGAGAAAGGAAGUGAAAAGUGUCAAUGAUCUUAACAUCCAAUGGCAGGACAAAUCAGAACGAUCAGAUAAAUUCGUCCUAGAAAUGGCGUCAAAUUUAACACGGUGCCAAAUGGAAGCCAUCGGGAAAGCUACAGAUGUGCGUGUACAAUAUGAAGAUCGUUUAAAAAAUGCGAAUAAACUCGCGGAAGAUUGUAAGUCAGAAAAUAAACAGCUGUACAAGGACUUGAGUAAUGUAGAGAAGGAAUCUUAUAAGCAAAAGAAACGAGUGGAUGACCUAAAUGAACAGUUAGAGGAAAUGACAAAGUUGAGAAAUGAGGCUCUCCUACUCAACCCAAGAGAUCCCCAAGACAGAGAUGACAUUCAAUAUGAUAAAGAAAUUGAAAAGCUAACUGCAGAGAAGAGAAAAAUUGUUGAGGAAUUAUGGAAGGAACGAGAAGAGUUUACGAAAUACAAAGCAGAUGCGGGGAACGCUGUUGCUAUAAAACAGAAGCUUGAGAGUUUGGAGGGAGUUGGGGACCUGCAUCAGGCUUGUAUUGCAUCACUAGAGACUGAGAGAAACAAACUUAGGGUUGAGCAACAGAGGAGUUUCAUUUGUGAAAGCAAUGAACAAACCUACAAAUUCUAUUUCUUCAUAGCUCUUGGUUGCCUUGUAGUGGCAAUCACACAACAAAUUGUAUCAACAGUUCUAAGAUCUAAUAAGCCAAAGCUGACCAUAAAGGACUUAGGCAUACAACAGGAGAUACAGAAGAGAAAACAAGAAAAGGAGACAUUGAAUAAAAAAUCAAACUCAAAGAAAAGACGAUAACUUUGACGAUUUUUAGUCUGUUUUGUACUUUGUGUAGGCCUAACAUGUAGCCUCAAUUAUAUUCUUUGAGAAAUUCUUGAUAUCAAUAAAAUUAACACUUAACAAUUCCAUACAAGAAUUUUCAAACAAUGUUGAUGUUUAUUUAUGAUAACAUUAUAACAAUAUAAAGCUGUGCAUUACAAUGCUAUAUUUCAAUUUGACAUCCAUUUACUUGUACCACUGGGGUACAGCAGACCCGAUGAUACAAUGAGCCUGCUCAGCAUUGUCACGGGUAUUUAACCGUAUUAGCGAGCUCGACGGUAGGUUCAAACAUGUGAACAUCCUCAAAGCAUGUGCUCACAGUAUCAUUGUGGCAACACCCGUGUGUACAAUACAUAAGGAGGUUACAGUAACUCUAGAAAACAUCCAAUAAAAUUUGACAAUUUUUGAAAACUUCACAAUUUUUCUGAAUUUAUGAGUGAUUCCUCCAAAACCCAGGACUUACAAGACUUCAAAAUGAUAGUUCAAUGAAAAUAACAUUUUCAAAAA